GCGCAUUUAUAGACUUUAUAAUCUGUGUUCUUAUGUGCGCAGUAUUUUGUGUCGCCGUUGUUUAUCAACUAAUUUAUUGAUUAUAAUUUUAGAAGAAAAGUAAUUUUUGUCGAGAUGACAAUUAUAACAAAACCUGUUUCAGAAAAAAAGGGCGACAAGCUUGUCGUACCUUUGGUGAGAUAUGCUGUCUCUCCAUCACAAACUAAUUUGGAUGAAGUUGAGACUGGAAGCACAUUGAGCCUUCAACGCAGGGCUCACAGGGUUUCCAAUUUAACCACUUGCUGUCUUUUGCUAACAGCCUUAAGUGUUGUUGGACUUGGAAUAAUUGGGGGCUCAUUUUUAUAUGACCAGUACAUUAAAGUACAAAGGCCUUCAAGAUUUACUGGAUAUGCUCAAAUACCAUAUAAUAAGGAUGAUAUGUUAAAUGAUGAUCCAUCUUAUAAUAUGGAAACAACUGAUCAAUGGCUUGCCGCUGAAUUUAAAAGCCCAUACUUCCAAGAAGAAUUUGAAAUCGAUGAUGAUUAUGAAAAAAUUGAUGUACCUGACUUUAAAAACGGUCGUAAUGGUAGAUUUAUUCACGACUUUAAUACCAACACCACUGGUAUUAUCGAUAUAACUGGCAAUCGUUGCUUUGUUAUGCCUUUGAACAGAGAAAAUGUUCUUCCACCAAAAUCUCUUUUUGAUCUUAUUCACAAAAUGUGGGAUGGUUAUUACAAUGUUGAUACCAAAGUUGUAAGACAAACAAUGCGAGUUGUUACACCAGCAAUCACUGAUCCAAAAACUAUUGGAUCAUAUAUUGGUAGAGAAUGUGAUGGAAAACCCAUUUACAAAUUGGAAACAUACAUUGGAGGAGUUGUCAAAAGGUCUGCAGAUCUACAUGAUGAAGCAAAGUUUGCUCAGUUUGCUGGUAAAGGAAUAACAGAAGUUGAUAUAAUUAAUUUAGAAGAUAUAACUGAAUAUGAAAGACAUUAAUUACCGUCAUUGUUUUAAGAAAUACUUACUUAUUAUUUAAAUAAAUACAAAAAUAUUCCUUUUCUUAUAUAAUAUACAUAUAAAUACUUGUACUAUGGGGUUACUAUGAUAAUACAUUUUAAUAGUCGGCAAAACAAAAUGUAUUCUUUAAAAAUAAAUUAGGCAUUGACAGCAGUUAGUAGUGAUACAACACAAAAGAGUAAAAUACAUAUUCAAUUUAAGUGUUAUUAUUAUUUUUUUAUAUAUGAAACGAAAUUUAUUGUCAAUUAAUACCCAUUUAUAGGUUUUUAUGUUAAAGCAAUAAUGUUAAGUGACAUAUCAGGAUGGCUAUUUAUAUUAUGUUUGCUGUUAUUUAUAUUUAAUUGCUCAAUAAAUUUCUUAAAAUUC